GUGCGGUGGUUGAUCGGUGUAAAGUGCAACGUGAUAAGUGAACUGCCGCGGGGUAGAAGGGGGCGUUGUAGGCAAAGGAUGGUAUGGGUUAAAAACUGAAGAGGACGAAUAGCAUUGCACCAUUCUUUCUGCCAUCUGAAAACUGAAGCACAGAAAAAGGAUGCUAGCUUGUUGUGCCUAAGGUGCACUUCUCCCGAGAGUCCCCUAUACAAUGUCUCCCGAUUGGUAUUGUGCCGUGGACGGGGGUAGGGCGAAGAUGAGGAAGCAUAUUUUGCAAACAUAGAUUAAGCACUUGUCUGCCGGAAGGGGGGAAUGAAACAUAAACUGUACCGGUGCACGUGUCUCGGGCGUCUGUAUCGUUUGCAUUAUUGAUUUUUUGCUGUUGUUUCGCUGAAGGAUACAAACACAGUCGUCCUCCUGUGCUUGCCUUUCCGUAAAGGAAGAGUGAAAAUGUAAAAUAUAAUCCUGAGAUGUCUCGGCUCAGUGUGCCAUAAUGGUGCAUUCUUGCUCAUUAGUGUAUGUAUUUCCACCCAUUUCGUACUUAAGCGUCGUUGAAGUAUCACUCCACAAUGUGCCUCUAGCCCUGAAGGCAGUUCCAUUCUACGGUUGUGCUGUGCGUAAAGUGAUGUUUGGGGAAUUCGGUACGACAAAACCUGCUUCCGGAUGGAAGCAUCGAGCCAUUCGUUACCAUCUCGAAUCGUAGCAACCAGAGAUACCAUCUAAGCACCAUAUCGCAGUAACCCACGUGAACAAGUUCAUGGGUAUCAGCAGUCGUCGUAAGUCCUUCGCUGCACUGCUCCGGAGGUAAGGCAGGUUCGAUCUGCUCGCAAAACGCUUCCAGCACUCUAGUGGCGCUGCAGCAGCUUCUCGGGCGAUGGCUUACAUUACGCAGAAGCAAUUUAUCCACCCAUCGUUCUGGAACGAAGACCCAAAGCUACCGAGUCGGAAGCGCAGCGAGGGGGUCCUCAAAUCGUACAGCUCGUGCUCCGAUACCCGUGCCUGGUCGCUGGAUCUACAGAAACAGUCACAAUUCAUCACCGACGUUGCUCACCGAGUCUUAUCACAGGCGGGCAAGGUGCCACUGCAUUCGUUUUCCGGGGCCGAACUAACGAAGGACUAUCUGGUGCGGCUCGAUGCCGACAGCUUGGCCGACUACAUACUGAGUUUGCGGAGCGAAACCAAACGCAAUGCCGAUACGAUAGAGAGCCUGAACGAAACGAAAACGAAUCUCAGUAAUCAGAACGAGGUACUGUCGGAGAAGCUGACCGUACUGGGGGAAGAAAACAAGCAGCUCCACGAUGAGAUCGAGCGGAUUGGGCGAUGCCAGGAGCAGCAGAAGGCCACGAACACGUUCGACGAGGAGGAGCUAAUUGAAAUUAGCAAACAGAUUUUUGAUUUAAGUGAACGAAAUGAGGAUCUCGAGGACGAGAUACGGGAUCUACGAUUUCGGCUGAACGCGCGCCAGCCAGCCGAAUCAUCCCAAGGUGACCAUGGCGACCACCAGGCGACGCUGGAGGCGGAGAACAAUUUCCUUAAAUUUAAAUCUCACGAGUACGAAAAACUGGAGAGUGAGCUGUGUCUGUUUAAGGCAGAGUUCGAUAGCUUAAAGCAGCAAAAGCGUGAACUAACGGCAGAGGUGCAACGGUUACAGCGUUACCGUGUUCGGUCGGCGGAACUGAAAAAGGAGUUGACCGAGGAGCUGCAGAACCGCGAAGUAUGUGAAGAACAGAUCGAACUGCUAGUGAACAUGUAUGAACAGCAAUCGGUUGAGCUGAACCAGUUAAAGGAUCAAAUGAAAUCAUAUAACCCCAGGUCGGAAGAAGCUCCGUACGACGAAUCGGUCGAUGGAAACAAUGAUUCGGAGGUUUCCAUUGUCGAGGCGAGGUCGGUUCAAGGCGAAGGUCGGAUUCGUACAACGCAACCGUGCCAGAGCUGCGUUGAGUACGCUCGCAAGACACAACAGCUGGAGGAACAAAUCCAAACGCUUCAACAGCAGCAGCAAGUUGUAGCUGCGUCUGUCCCAAUCUCUGAAUCCCAGCAUGCAGCAACAGCAGACACGUCUGUGUUGGAGCUUCAGAUAGAGGACCUCCAGCGGGAGCUCAACGACUGCCAGACGCGUUUGAAGGAAGCAACCGAACAAUAUGCUACGUUGCGCGAAAGUUCCUUGGCCGACUGUCAAGAACUGGGCCGGUUGAAGCUGCAAUUGGACCAAAUGGCACGAGAUGGCUCGGGCGGCACCACUGACGCCAGCAAAUUGACGGAAUUUGAGGCCAAAUUGAAGAAAUUGCAGGAAGAGAACGAAACGCUUCGCAAUCAGCUUGCCGUUGGCUUGCCGACAAAGGACCAACAACCGACCGAGGGUGGUCCUUCGGAUUGUUGUGCCGAUAAGGAAAAACAAAUCGCGGAUUUGGAGGAAACGGUAUCACGCCUAAAGUCAGCCACAAGUGAUAAGCAACAAACGUUGGCCGAAGUGGAGACACUGCGUGUGAAAAAUGCGACCCUAGAGCAACGGAUAGCGGCGCUAGAAAAGCAGCUGGAAACAGCUGACCAGCGGGCGAACGAAGUGCAACGUGCCCUGGAUGCUCAGCUAUCGGGACAACCGGGUGGGGAUCGUUUGAGUGCCUGCCUGACCGAGCUCACUACCGAGAAGAACGAAAUCAUCGAACGGUUGAAGGAUGAGCUGGAAUCCUUGCAGACGGCUAAAUCCAACAUGGAGGUCGAUCUUCGCGCAUGCCAGAAGGAGUGUCAGGAGCUUCGCAAUAUGCUGGAGCACAAUGGGGCAGCUGCUGAAGAUGUGGAAACUAUGGAGCAAGAAGCGGAACCGGACGAAUUGCUGUCACCUAAAGAGGAACUCGCAUCCCUAGUAGACGAGAAGGAAGGUGAUGGUCAACCGGAAGCGGCUACAAGUGGUGAAGCAGAUGACGAAGUUCCUGUUCAGGAUGUAGAGGAUGAGGCUUCGGAGGAUGAGGCCCUGUUCGUGGUGAAGCAAGCUGACCAGUCCCGUUCACGUUCGGUGGAUCGAUGCAAGAAGGGCAACCGCGUGAUCCAUGCACUAGCCGUCAAGAUAGUGGACGAUGGCAUCGAGGUGCUGCUGGUGGCGGAACUGUAUGUGUUGCUGCGUGAAGUGUGCAGUGUCAUCGCGCACAAGAACGCCAUCCUGGGUAGGAAUGUGACGGUGCUGGCCAACAGUAUGUCCGAGUGCUGGCAGGUCAUUACCGAUGCCCGGGUCAUGAUGGACAAAGAGAUCGAACGAACGGAACCGAUGGUACCGCGUAGCGAAGGAAUCGAUGUCCGAGUCACCUGUCAUGGUGGUGAUGGUCGUGCUGCGAGCCAGCAACCAAGGCAAUCCUGUGCCGUACCGCUACGCCAAACACGCUCCGUCGAGAGCGACGAGUGUAAACAGUUUCCGACCAAUUUAGAAACUCGUAGGCGUCGCUGUACCCUGAAGUGGAAGGAACCGGGCGCCAAGCGAACAAAUCGAUGAUUGUGAUGCCCAGAAGCCAAUGGCUAACUCCUGGACUUGGACUCAAAAUUGUUGCAUGUUUCAAAGUAUAUUUCUCAAUAAAUUUACCGACUUUUGUAGACGAAAUUUGCAAGUAAUGUGCAUUAAACUAAACGCAUUCCAAUGAAUGUUCAG